UCUUCCAAAAAAUGGCGCAGGCUUGUAGCCUCUUGUCCCGUUUCCGUGGUUGCCUUGCUGGUGCCGUUAUAGGAGACUGUGUCGGAUCUGUUUUUGAGGGACUGUGGGCCGAUUCAAUCGAACUCACGAAAAUUCUCAAAGAAGAUCAAAAGAUUUUUGAAGCGGCAGAAAAAAGAAAAGAAACCAAUCAGAAUGCUGAGAAGGAGGUUUCAGAUGAGAAAUUAUGGACAUAUACAGAUGAUACAGCCAUGGCACGAAGUGUUGCGAAGUCGCUGAUUGAGAACAAUGGAUUUAAUGCCAAUGACAUGGCAUCCAGAUUUUCACAGGAAUAUUUCGAGAAUCCCUGGCGUGGAUAUGGUAGAUCAGUAACAACAGUUUUCCAGAAACUACAAGAAACUGAAUGUAAAGACCCAUUUGGACCAGCGGAGGAACAGUUUGAGGGGAACGGUUCCUAUGGAAACGGAGGAGCCAUGAGAAUAGCUCCUGCUGGUUUAUUUGGAUAUAAAGACAACGACUAUCAUAAAUUACGGGACCUUACAAAGAAAACUACCAGCAUCACACAUUCCCACUACCAGGCAAUACAGGGUGCAAUCCUUCAGGCUUACGCCGUCGACCUUGCACUUAGAGUUCAAGGUCAUGUGGACAGUGAUAAAUUUCUAGACGAUCUCAUCAAACAAAUGAAAAUUAUGGAAAAAGAAACAGAGACUUUGACUAGGAAAACCAACGAAACAUUAGCUAAGGAUCGAGGCGAAGAGAGCAGCAAUGCAUCUGAACACCCAUAUUGUGAUAAAUUGGAAAAGAUAAGGAAAUUUUUAAAACAGGCUGUCCCUCCUACAUCAGAUGAAAUAAAUGAAGAAUUAGGGACAGAGAUAUCAGCUUUGGAGUCGGUCCCUGCGGCCAUCUUUUCCUUCCUCUAUUCAACGAAAGAAAUUCCACAUUUAGAGAACAGGAACCUGUUUGAGAAGACAGUAAUGUAUGCAAUAUCUCUUGGAGGGGAUUCCGACACGAUCGCCACAAUGGCUGCCGCCAUAGCUGGAGCAUGUUAUGGCGAAGAACAGCUGCCAGAUCAUUGGAAGCAAUGUUGUGAAGGUGUGGAUGAUGCUCUGGAGUAUGCAGAACAGCUCUACAAAAUCUCACAGCUACCAGAUAAUGACUCACCAGAAUAAUAUUCAAGGUCACAGGAUCAAGAUUCAAGGUCACAGGAACAAGAUUUAAGACCGAAAUAGCAAGAUUCAAGAUCACUGUAACAAGAUUCAAAGUCACAGGAUCAAGAUUUCCCUAACAAGAUUUAAGGUUGCAGAAAAUGUUCAAAGAUAACGACUGAAGUUAAGAUGAUAAGGAAUCAAGGUCACCUGUUUAUGAAUAAAGGUCACAGGAUACUGACAAGGUCAUCAUUGUAUUGUUGUACAACAAUUGGAGUAUGAGCACUAGGCAUGUCAUGGAAACUAGACUCCACUUCACCACUCAUCGACUUUAACUUUAACUCAGCAAUCAGUUCAUCAAAGAAACAAAGAUCCAUUAUCAUCAGAUUAUAUGUUACAAACAAUAUCCUGGGUUGUCGGAUAAUGACCAAUGUCCUUUGAAAAGAUUUGUUUCAAACCUCGAAGGUCAUGACCUUGACCUUUCAGAAAUGUGAUCUUGUGCAUUGAAAAACUGUCCUGUUAAGAAUUGACGGAUACAAAUUUAUUUUAUAGUAUUUAUUGUUUGAUGGAUACAUCAUAUUAAUUAAGAUAUCAUAUUAAAAUGUAACUGGAGCACUUAACCAAAGGAAAUCGAAGUACUGAAUGUACUGCGGCGCUACAGGUCUAAAACUCAAUACUUACCACAAGAACAUUAUAAUGGAAUUGUAUCCCGAACAGCAAUUACCCAAUUUUCCAUUUUACAGAAAUAUUAGCUUUAAUGACUCCCACAGCUAAUUCAACCAGUCAGCUGCUGUUUUAACUGAACCAUUUCCUGAAAGAAAAUGUAUUUUUGAGGUUUUUAGCUAUUUUCUUGAUUGAUUAAUGUAUGGAAUAGGUACUUCCUUUAUAUACGAGAAUAAAGAGUAAUAUCUUGUCUUAAUGACUUUGAAAACAAAAAAUAUACACUACUACUGAAAGGAGAAUGAGGUAGAACUACAGGUGAAAAAAGGCGGGAAUUCUCCAGGUGGGGUUUCCACCUCCACUGUAAAUAUCAUGGUAACUGUUUUCGAGUACAGGUGUGCUCUUAUAUGCCAUUAAGCCUAACCAGUAACAUCAAUUCUCAGGAAGCAAAUCUUUCGAGUUUAAUGUGAUAUGAAAUUCAUGUCAUUUGAACUUCAAAUGAGCAAUCGAGGGGAUGGAGUCACUAGUAAUAACAUAGUUUUCAGUUGUCAGAUAUGUGAUUAUGGAUAUUACAUUGGCAUUUUAAUAAAUUAUAUUUUUGUAUAUUUAUACAA